GUAGGUCGGUCCGUAACCCAAGGUCACCACCUGACAGUUUCUCCACUCCGGUCCAUUGGAAGUUAUGAUGAAGACAGAGCCUAAACUCCCGACUGUGGAGCGCAUCGUGAGCAGUUUGCCUGCUCCGCCAACCAAACUGAUGCCUUCCUCCACUGUGUUCGAUGCCAAAGGUCGCCCUCAGUUGGACGUGAUCCGGCCCCAUUUGAUUGCUGAAGGUCGACUCACCGAAGAGGCUGUCCUACGCAUCGUCAAUGAGACAGCUGCUAUUCUACGUUCGGAGAAGACCAUGCUAGACUUGGAAGCGCCCAUCACGAUAUGCGGCGACAUCCAUGGACAGUUCUUCGACCUGAUGAAACUGUUCGAAGUCGGGGGUCCCCCGGAAUCCACUCGAUACCUGUUCCUUGGGGACUACGUGGAUCGGGGAUACUUCAGUCUGGAAUGUGUCAUUUACUUGUUCUGCCUCAAAAUGUUGUAUCCAACCACUCUGUUCCUCCUUCGUGGAAACCACGAGUGUCGACAUUUGACGCAGUACUUCACUUUCCGACAAGAGUGUAUCAUGAAAAGCACCGAACGGGUGUACGACGCUUGCAUGCAGGCGUUCGAUUGUCUACCUCUGGCCGCGCUCAUCAACCAGCAGUUUCUGUGUGUUCAUGGUGGCCUGUCCCCAGAGUUGCACACUCUGAACGAUGUUCGUAAGCUCGAUCGGUUCAAAGAACCACCAGCCUUUGGUGCUAUGUGCGAUCUGCUUUGGUCCGAUCCGUGCGAAGAAUUUGGACAAGAACGAUCGUCCGAACACUUCACACACAACACUGUGCGAGGCUGUUCUUACUUUUACAGUUUCAGUGCAUGUUGUCACUUUUUACAAACCAACAAUCUCCUGUCCAUCAUCCGUGCCCAUGAGGCACAGGACGCCGGCUAUCGAAUGUAUCGAAAAAGUCGUCAAACCGGAUUUCCUGCCCUCAUCACCAUAUUCUCCGCUCCCAAUUACCUCGAUGUGUACAAUAACAAAGCUGCUAUAUUAAAGUACGAGAACAAUGUCAUGAAUAUUCGUCAGUUCAAUUGCUCCCCUCACCCCUAUUGGCUACCCAAUUUCAUGGAUGUCUUCACUUGGUCCCUGCCUUUUGUCGGUGAAAAGGUGACAGAAAUGUUGGUCAAUGUGCUCAACAUUUGCUCGGAUGAUGAGCUAUUGUCGGACAGUCCAGAGGAUGAAUCUCAAAUCACUGCCCGCAAAGAUGUCAUCCGAAACAAAAUUCGAGCAAUAGGGAAAAUGGCCCGCGUGUUCACUGUACUACGGGAGGAGAGCGAAACUAUUCUAGAGCUCAAAGGAUUAACCCCAACUGGUAUGCUUCCCUUGGGAGCACUGGCUGGAGGUCGGGAAGCUAUCAAAGGAGCAAUGAGUGGAUCCUGGACACCCCACAAAAUCCAAUGUUUUGAAGAGGCAAAGGCGAUCGACAAGGUUAACGAGCGAAUGCCUCCCCAUCGGGAUUCCAAUUCGAGUCCAUGCUGGUCAUAUUCCGCACCGAUCCCCAACGAAUUGGAAGCGCCAAAAACAUCUGAAUCCCGUCUGAGUAGUGUAAUGGAUUACAUCUCAGAGGAUGAUAACGUCACUUUGUCCCUGAAUCAGCAACGCACUAUGCCAAGGCCUCCAUCCAUUUGCGAGGAACGCUCCUCGGAUGAUGAAUCAGAGUACCGUACUCCAACCGCCAACACCACACUAAAGGAUUGUGGCCGACCACCUAGCAACGAGUCCACUGAUUGCCGCGGGGCCGACAGUGUCUCGGGUUUUGUGAGCGGCGACCAACCUCAAUCAGCGGCAAUUCCAUCCCCCAUUGCCGGUUCGAGCUCCUCUUCCUCGACAACCAAAUGACGCCCUUCAAACACUUGGAUAUCUCCCCGCUGCACUCCAACGCUCAACGCCUGUUAUCAGUCCUCUCCCCAUAACCUCCUUCCCCCAAGGGGCUGCAUCAGAUUUCCAAUGGGUUAUGUCGGCUGGUAACUACAGUGCAAACCGGUUCACACGCGAUCUCUUCCACUCCCCUUUCGCGUGCAUCACACCCUAUCCUCUCUGACCCAUGCAAUAUCCCAGCUGGGCUACCCACGGCUAUUAUGUACCCCAUUCCGACACCUGUUCUGACUGGCGCUUUUGAUCAAAGCAAACCCAUUCCCCAUUUCACUCUUGCUAACACUGCUGUUGUCACAGCUACCGAUGUCACAUGCGCUGUGCCUGGAUUUAGCUGGGGCCCAAUUCCACUCAUCUUCUACACACCUGCUCAGCACCUGUACUCAUUUCCCUGGUCUUGUUGUCUGUGAGUGAUACUGCCCGUUUGUGUGCUGCGUGAGGAACCGUCGACAUCUGUGAUUUUCGUGUUCCGCGCACACCAGUUACCGCCGAUCAUGUGAUACAAUUGUCAGAACGGAUCCCUUGCCCGAAAUCGUCCACGUUGACUUGUCUUCGUCUCUCAUCCAUCUCUUCCUGCCUGAGUUCUCUCGCUCCCCCAUCAGUCCUUAAGAAGCGCGACUACUGUUUACACAUAAUGACAGAAAUGCCCGAUAUGCAGCUUGUUCCCUAUUACAUCACACUUAUUUCUUUUGUGCAGCGAAUUACCCCGACCCAUGUUUGUCUAUUGAUCUGCAUUUUGUACAGUCUCCCGAAUGCAUCUAUCACCAGCAAUACCCCUACCAUCCCCCUCCACCUUCUUCAUUUCCCUUUUUGUCAUUUGAUUUUGUUGGACAAUGGCUUACUAGAUUAUUUGUUUGAUUUCUUUCUUCCUCUACACACUGGCUCGCAUCAACGUGUGGGAUGGUGAUGAGUACCCCUCAGAUUGCAUUUGUGGAACACUCCACGGACUAGGAGGUCAGCUAUCUCACCCUGAUCACUGGAGCCUACCGUCUUUGUGCGCACACGUGUACCGCUCUGCUCCGCUUGCCUGCUAGCUCACGUCUCCCCACCCCACCCUAUUGGUGUAAUGUUUCUCUCAUUUUGCAUCUUCUCUACUCUCCUCGUAUCAUUUCUCUUCGGUUGCAGUUUAUCUUCCGUAUGCUGCUUGUUGGUGCCAAUUCCUGUCACUACAAUACUAAUUUGUUACCCUCUUACCGUA